UGCAUGCAAAAAUAAACCCGUUGAAGUUCUUCAAGUUCGAAACAAUCUUCAAUCUUAUGGAUGAACCAUGUACUACAAAGAAAUGUCGUCAUGAUGGAUUGGACUUCGACGCGCCGCUUCUAUCGACGAGACGUUUAGGCAGCUUAGAAAAGACAUGCGAAUUGGACGUGCAAAUAACUUGGAGCGAUACACCUAGACGGGUUCCAUUUCUGUGGGAGAGAGUUCCUGGCGAGCCUAAGAUCACUGAAAAUGGUUUGGAUAGUGAGGAACAGAUGCCUCCACCUAAGUUACCACCGGGUAGAUUGCAGUCUUCUAAUAAAGACUGCAAUCGUAAUUGUUUCAAUGAAAAUGACAGUAACGGUGAUGAUGAUGAUGAUGAUUUAUUUUCGGAUGCAAUGGAUAUGAUCUCAUUGUCCGAGUCGUUGGACAUGCAUUGUGGCACAAGUCAUGUGAGUGGACUCGGCGGUCUUGAUUUGAAAGCGGUUGAAUCCUGCGGUGACCAGUCGCCGAAUUUCAUCAUGAGUCGGUUUCUUCCGGCCGCUACUGCAUUGGCGUCUUCGUCGACUCUCAUCGCUUCGAAGAACUCGAAUGGAAGGCCUUCUCCACAUCGCCAUGGCAUGAAGAAUGAAAUAGCAAAGCCGGCAUCGAGUUAUCAGUUAUCGACGAGCAAGAUCAUAGGAGAAUGUGGUGGGCCUCAUGGUGCGGUUCGGACCUGCUCGCCAUCGAAGUCUUGUGGGCUCAUGUUCUUCUUCCCAUGGAAUCUAAAGCAUGCGCUUUGCAGAUUGAAAUGCCAGAUUCCAAGGUGUUCUCCUCGUCUGAAGCUUAAGGGUGAUGUUGGACGGGCAGAUGUAGUUAAACGUGGCAAUGGGUCGAGCGGUGCUGGUGUUUGAUUGGCCCAGUCCAUUUCUUUAUUGGGCCUAAAAAGCCCAGGUCCUACCCAUAUAAGACAUAAGCGGACCCGAUCAGGCCUCUUAAGGAAUGUUGUUGAGUCUUGGUUGACUAAUUUAUAAUUUGGGCUUGAAAUUGGGUCUGGGCCCAAUAAAUGGGGGAAGUUUCAAUUCUCUGGCCCAGAAACCCGAUGAGACACUGAAAGAGGAGUCCAUGAAGGAGUAAUGAUAUGCAAAAGCAGUGAUCUCGUCCGUUGGAUGGUGCAGAAAUCCAUCGGAGAAUUUCGGUAUAUUAUCUGUUCUUGAAUCUAGCAUGUGGGGACCUCUCUCGGUUCGAGUCUUCUGAAUCUUGACCGUCGGAUCAUGGGUGAGUUCUCUCCCUCCAAGUGGCUAUUUUGCCUGUGUUUAAGGUAUUGUAGUGAAUUGUACAUUUCUAAUUGCAGAUGACUCAUGUUAUAAUGGGAAGAUAAGAUGCAAAGGUAUGGUGAUUAUUAAGUAU